AGAAAACGUUUGACUCAAGCAUGUGACGCGUGUCGUAAGAAAAAAGUGAAGUGUAGUGGUGAAAAACCAACUUGUAAUAAUUGUGCCCGACUUGGUGUAAAUUGUACAUACCUUCCUAGUACGCGUAAGAGAGGUCCAAGAGUUGGUUUGGUGGAAAGUUUGGAAAAACGUCUUCAACAAAUGGAA